UCUUAUUGAAUUCAUUGUCCAUGCGGUCAGUGGAAAAGAGACUGGUCACUGGUCACUUUAACCAGAAGCUUAUUGAGAAAUUGAGAAGCCAGAAAGAAAGGAGGUGUGAGGAGGACAGGUGUGAGGAGGACAGGUGUGAGGAGGACAGGUAUGAGAUUUGUGCUCGGAGGAUUCAGGUGUGUUGGAGAUCUCAUCAGAACAGGAAGGUGUUUAAGCUGCUCGUGAACAUCAUGCGCUCAGCUGAAGACUGUUUGACUCCUGCAGUUCUUCGACAGUUCAGUCCUCGAGAAGCGAAUCUGCUCAGAGACCCGAGUCUUCAGUGUAAAGUCAGAAUCAGGUUUUCAGGGCCUCAGUUUCCUCCUGUAAUUGUAUUUAAGAUUUUCCACACAGGUAGAAGAGGAAGUUACCUGUCUGGGAAAAAACUCUUCCAGCCGUCCAAUCAGGCCACGGCACACACCUGCAGGAUGAUGGGAAACAGGAAGUUCAUGGACCUAAUAAUGGAGGAUGAGAUUCACUGGCAGGGUCGAACAGUCUCACAACCGGCAGACGUCAGCUGUAUAAGAGACUACAUUCAGUACUCGAGUCACCUGGAUGAGUUACCUGCACGAGUGGGCGGGAGAGAGAACAGCUGGAGGCGCUUAUCUCUGAAGCUGCUGAUCCGUGGAUUGACCGGCAACGCAAAGUACGGCCUCCUGGGGGAGGAGCUUUUAAGUCCCACGGUGACAAGACGACCUGAUCGACCAAUCAGACUGUACGGCUCAAACACACCUACUGUAAGGUCCCUGGUUGCUCCUCCACCCUCAGCAGUGUCCACUCCCGGACAUUGGGCUUCAAAACGGCGCUCAGCUCGAGCUCGGACCCUUGCUGACCGCAUGAGACGCCUUUACACACCGCCAGAGGAAGAGAGGGUUAAGGCUGGAGCUGAUGGUGGGAUCACGUCUCUCAGGUUGAAUCAGACGAGCGACGGUCAGAUGAUUAACACACACUCAGCUGAUGAGAAGCUGCUUUUUAUUCCUGAUGAGUGUUUGGCUUUAAGCACCGGUUCAGACUGUGAGUGGGAGGAAGAGGCGGAGCUUCUCUGCUCCUGGUCCAAUCAGCUCACACUGGACUGGGUUUAAUUUAACUCCAAUCCCUAUGACAGUUCUGUCUCCUGUUAUUUUAAAUAAAGUUAUGUUAGGAUUAAAAAUCUCACACACUAACACACACACACUAACACACACACAAUAACACAAUAACACUGACUAUAUAACACAGUAUAUAACACAAUAACACAAUAAUAACACACACUAACACUGACUAUCUAACACACACACUAAUACACAAUAACACUGACUAUAUAACACAAUAAUAACACACACUAACGCACUCUAACACACACACUAAUACACAAUAACACUGACUAUAUAACACAGUAUAUAACACAAUAAUAACACACACUAACGCACUCUAACACACACACUAAUACACAAUAACACUGACUAUAUAACA